CAUCCAGCGAACUUGAACUCGGAAAGGAAGCGAGCAGCCCACUUCCUAUCGUCAUGGUAACAGCAUGUGAAUGCAUUGGGCCAUAUUGGUGAGCUAGCAAGAGAGAGAGAGCAGGAGAGUGUGAGAGAGAGAGAGAGAGAGAGAGAGAGAGAGGGUGCAAGUGGGAACUACAUCAGAAAAUACAGCUCAGUCUCCAGAGCCAUCUGAAAGGUUGUGUAUUUCCCACAAUGCACAGAAGAAAAACCCUAAGGAAAUGAUGGAAUUCCACCAUAUUUGAAAAAGAAUCGGUUCCAAUACAAAUCUCAAAAACUUGCCUAUCCUCCUCAAGAACGAUGGAGCACACAGCCCUGUUUUGCCCAUCCCAGACCUGGACUGGCCCCAACGUCUCAACUUUUUCAGCUGAGUGGGAUGACUCCUUGAACUCCUAUCUUUUGGCACCUGAUGUGAUCAAACCCCCUCCACAAUUCCAAGAUCCAGAAGAACCAUGCCAGUCCCCACCAACCAGCUCCACUGUCAGAAGGAGGGAUAAAGAACGGGUUGGCACAGGCAACUCGCAGAAAGAGCGUAGAAGCAGACCUGCCAGUGCCAUGGAACCUCACCGACGUUCAUUGUCCCUUUCCACAGCCAUCACCUCCAACCCAGCUGUAACUCGCAGACGAUGUGAAAGUUAUGCCCUGUCUUAUCCCAGCAGCAGCUCAGAGGACAGUGGCAGUGAUAGCACCUCUGUAAGGAAAGGAGAUCAUCUUCCUGAUGCAGUGCCUCAGUCCAGGGCCCGCAGCAUUGUUCUGAGAAAGGCCAAAAGGAAACCAGCCCCACCUGUACGGACAGUGUCCCUGAACAAGCUUGCAGAUUUGAAGCCUCCAGAGCGUAGAACACGGAGCCUUUACAUCCCCAGCGACGCCCAGAAUGUCAUGCUCCUUCCGGACCUUAUUCCGGUACUUAAGGCAGAGGCUGCCAACUCUGAGCAGUCCACCCAUGCUGCUGAAGGAUCAAGAAAGGUUCCACUGAGUCAGCCAAUCUCCAGCCAUAGGCCACUCAAAGAGAUGAAGUCCAGUGAACCAUCCAAAUCUAGCUCAGGCCCCUGUCCAGGAACUUCCAUAAAUGAAGCCACAAAGAUCCCUUACAACUCUGAUUGCAACAACUCUCCAUCGUCCUCUCGGUCCUCUCCCUCUCAACCCUCCAUCUCCUCCCCUACCAAACCACCUGGGUCAGCCUCCCCCUCUAGUGGCUACUCAAGCCAGUGCGAGACACCAACUCAGUCAGUUAUAACAGGACCCUCUCCUCUUGGCUGCAGGAUGCGUCCCAAACCUUCCAGUGCUGUUCCUGGCCAACGGGCAAGGAAUAGCAGGACAAGAUUAUCCCUACAGUUGCCUGAAAUGCAAGAUGCCAGACCUAUGCCUAAUCCAGAACCCUCCCCUGUCCAUCCUAAAGCAAAUCGUCGCUACUCAGACACAUCUGCCACCACAAGACCUAAGCAAAGAAUGAGCAACAGUAUGCUGAUAAUGCCUGUGGUGACUCAGGAAGACCUGAACAAUGUGCGCUUGCGUUCUGUCAGUAGCUCAGACCUGGAAAACACAGCUGUCUCUGGUGUGAUAGAGGAAGAGAAUGAAAGGGAUGGAAGCUCUGCAACUAUGCAGCAGAGUCCCAAAGCUAAACCCCCUGUAGCACCCAAGCCACCUGUGUCUAAAAGGCCACCCAAUGCUGUGGCAAAGUCCAGUUUUGGUGCACCAUCUGGUGCAGAUCCUCCACCACCCUCUACUAGUUAUGUACAGGAUGCCAUUUAUUCAACUGUUAGUAAGGUCAAGUCAAAUGCUGUUUUUCCAACGCUGUCUAAUUCUGGUAUUGACCAUGAAUAUCACCAGGUGCAGCAGCAGCAUGAUUUUCAGUCUCAACAGCAUAUAAAGGAGAGCAUUCGUCCACAGUCCCUAUGCAACUCUGGAGCCCCAAAUAUGCUACCCUUCAACACUGCCAGCCACACCAAACCAAAUGAACCCCAAAAGAAGAGAAGAGCACCAGGUCCUCCAGUUGCAAAGAGACCCGAUACUGUCUACUUACCUUGUGAUAACGCAUCUGCAAUGGAGAAUUUGGAUAAGCAUGCCCAGCCACCUCUCAGUUAUUCACAACCUGAGAGCUCUCAAAAGGAAUAUCAUGUCACAGUAUAUGGACUCAUUCCCACUUACUUACAUGACGGUGAAAGAGAACAACCGAAUGUACCAAGCUUACCUGAGCAUGAGUCAUAUCGAAGAGUUACAGAGGAGGGACAAGUGCCAGACAUUAGUGCUCUGCAGUUGGGGGGUGAAGAGGAUGACGUUUUUCUUCACAAAUCUGCAUCUCACACAACAGAAGACUUGUUCACCAUUAUUCACAGGUCUAAGAGGAAACUCUUGGGUCGCAAAGACUCCUUUGAUAACAAGCAGGGUGACUUGGGCACUCAGACGAUUGGCGGCGUUUCCAAGACUACUUCCCAGAAUGACAACUUCAUGGCUCUCCUGAGAAGAACAAGAAGUGCCAAGGCGAGCUCCGGGAGCCGAAUCUCAGCCGCAGAGCUUCUGAGGAGCUCAAAGCCUACAGCUACAGGGCCAGAGCUGACUAAUUACAAAAACCUCUACAUGAUGCAAUCACAUGGUCCUUGAACCCAUAUCUGUGGAUCUGUUGUUAUCGAUGUUGUCUUGGCUGAAAAUCACAUUGUCACAGUUUUGCUUGCUUAAGCUUGUGAACAAUCAGCUUGUAAAUAUCUGUUGUUUCAGUAUAUAGUAAUUUGGACAAUUCUGAUUUUGUUUGAAAUCUUUGAAAUGAAUCUUCUUUCAUAACUAAAAACUCAGACGUUAACUCAGUAAGUGGAAAUUUAUAUUCUGCAAAUUGCAGAAAAAAGCUUUAUAUGUAAAUAUAAAUACAGAAAGUGUUAUAUCUUGUCUAAAUGUUAUAUUGUAUGUUUCUGGGACCUUCUGGCCUGCUUUAAGUGAGUUCAACAUUUUGUCACACAGCAUAAAAAUGUUGCAUAAUAAUGCUGUAUGUUGAUGACUGUUUCCACAUGAUACUGCUGUAGAUUUGCACAUGUUAAAAAUAUAAAAUUUUUACCCAUAUGUGGUACAAUGCAUGUAACAACAAAUUAAGCAUUAACAGUGAAUUGGGUGUAAUGAUUUGGGUGUUAUAAUAAAACAUUUGCAGUUCUUA